AAUAUGCGUUUCUUCGGACGCUACUUCCUGUUCCAAUGCGAUACUUGUUUGAACUGAUCCAUGGCUUGAUGCACUAAGUUGUAAAAUAGACUCCCUGUAACCAUAAACCCUCAAAGAAGACACUCUGCAAAUGUAACCAGAAUGAAUUAUAUGCCAGGAACUGCUAGUCUAAUCGAGGACAUCGAUAAAAAACACCUCGUCCUACUUCGUGACGGAAGGACGUUAAUAGGUAUUCUCAGAAGCAUAGACCAAUUUGCCAAUUUGGUGUUGCAUCAAACUGUGGAACGCAUUCAUGUUGGCAAGAAGUUUGGAGAUAUCCCCAGAGGGAUUUUUGUUGUCAGAGGAGAGAAUGUUGUUCUGCUGGGUGAAGUAGAUCUAGAUAAAGAGUGUGACCAGAUUCUCCAGCGUGUGUCCAUUGAGGAGAUCCUGGAGGAGCAAAGGAUAGAGCAGCAGGCCAAACAGGAGUCCGAAAGGCUCAAACUACAAGCUGUCAAGGAGCGAGGCCUGUCUAUUCCUAAAGCAGACACCCUGGACGAUUUUUGAGUCUGUUCAUCAGUCUCUCCAUGUCUGCGUAUAAUAGAGAAUGGUUCCCUUUGGGAUUCAGUUGUAGAACUUUUUUGUUGGGUUUGUGUUUGUGUUGAGGAGUUAUCAGUUGGCAGAUCAAAAUGUGAUUGUGACAGCAUCAUUCCGUCAAAGGACUGGAACUGGAAAAAUAAGGAGACAUCCACUAGAAUUGCCUUUGUUGGUUGUGUAGGUGUAUCUAAUGGCAUUCGAGAAACCUACUAUCAUACAGUAAAUGAUACUUUCAAACACAAUGUUGUAAACUCACUUAUCAGUUUUGUGCCCCAGCCUUUGCUUUAAAUGAAGCUGUAAACCAUCUUUUUGUUGGUAGUAAGAAGUAAUAGCUUGUUACUUAAUGGUCCACCAUCAUUGAGUUUUUUUUUUUUUUUUUUUUUUGUUGGAUGCCCGACACUAUACACUUACAGGAUGUGGACAAAGCAAACUGAAAAGCACUUAGUUUAAACUACUCUAAAAUUAUUGUGAACGUACGGUAAACAAAGAUAUUUCUGUGUUAAUUAUGUUAAAAGCUAGUGGCUUUUAUGUUUCAGCAUCAUGUGUAAGAAAGUGGUGAACUGAACCAUGACAAUAUUUUUCUUCAAUUAAACUUGUUUUGUAUCACUA